AUGUCGAGGAAUGACAGUCCAUCGCUGUUGAGCGUUAAGGUCCCGCCAGUCAAUAAGGUCAGAGUUCAGCUGGAGAUGCAUUCGCUAUGGCAGCAGUUUGACGAGCUAGGUACUGAAAUGAUCGUCACCAAAGCUGGAAGGAGGAUGUUUCCGACGUUCCAGGUGCGAAUCUCGGGAAUGGAUCCUACUGCUGAAUAUGUUCUGCUCAUGGAUUUUAUUCCUGUAGAUGAUAAAAGAUAUAGAUAUGCAUUCCACAGCUCAUCCUGGUUGGUAGCAGGUCGAGCGGAUAUUGCGGCCCCGAGCCGGAUGCACUUCCACCCGGACUCACCAGCUCGUGGAGCCCAGUGGAUGAAGCAGACUGUGUCCUUUGACACGCUCAAGCUGACCAACAACCUGCUGGAUGACAAUGGGCAUAUGAUAUUGAAUUCAAUGCAUCGCUACCAGCCACGCUUCCACGUGGUAUAUGUGGAUACAACGCCCAACAGCCAUUUAAAUGCACACAGAAACUUUUGCUCCUUCUCCUUCCCCGAGACUCGCUUCAUGGCAGUCACUGCCUAUCAAAACCACAGGAUCACUCAGCUGAAGAUAGCUAGCAAUCCAUUUGCUAAAGGCUUCAGAACAACAGACACACAGGAUUGGUUAGUGUACACUGUACAAUUAAUCCAGAGUAAAGUUUUCCUCAAGAAGGUGUCAGAUAAAUGCUUUAUGUGAACCCAGGGGAAACAUUCCCAAGCCUCUCGGAAUGUGGCAUCCACCAGAGGACAGGACUGAGCGCAAUGUCACAAACACAGGAAGGGAAAGGGGCUUAAAAACACAGGAGGCAGUCUCGCAUCUGAUGGAGCAAAGUGGACAGUGUUGCAACUUCGCAGAUGCAGUAGUCGGAAGCAACAAUGGAAAUUUGGAUUUUGGAGCUCCAGCUUCCUUCCGCUUACCGUCUUACUGGGAAUGUGCCGGAUCUUCUCAAAGCAACAAUGUGUUGUAGAGAGAGAGCGAGAGAGAGAUCAUCAGUGACUCACAUUUUCAAUUGGAUGUUUUAUUAUUACCUCCACUAGGCCCAUGUAAGUAAAUAAGAGGUCAAACUAUUUGUGAACAGAGAAGCUUUUUUCCCCGUUGUGUUAUUAAAACAAAAUCUCCACUUGUACUUGACUAAACUGUACUUUUAAAACAUUUUCUAUGCUUAAUAGUGCUCGUGGUCGCCGAUAAACUGGAUCCCGUCACAUCUGACCUUUAUUUCGAAAAACCUUUUAUUUUGAAACUUCUCACAGG